UCUCUUAGCAAUGAAGUCUUCUCUAACGAAGAGCCAUGCAGCUGUAAAUGAAGAUGCUCCUACUGGAGCUUUUAAGCCAGUUCUGGCCCGUAGUUCUGGAAAGAAGGCCAGCCCGAACCAGGCAGAGAGGGGCUUGCGAAGAAGCACGAGGUGAAAGAGGAGGGCUAACUCUCGUUCAUCCCGAAGAAAGUCAAGCUCCUACCAACAGUCAGAAUCAGUCGAAGAAAAUAGUCACCCAGAUAGUAACGAAGGAGAAGGAACUGAACAGGAAGGAUCUGUUACCUUUCCUUUUAAAUAAAAAGAAACUCGUUUUUCUAUCCUGUAGAGUAUACGAGAAGGCUAGAGAGCACUGUAUAACUAAUGGCACCCAAAUCGCUAAAGAAAUACUCGAAGAGAGCAGAAAGUACAACCUCAAUUUUGACUUCAAAAAUGUCCAAAGGCGGGUUUAUGAUGCACUAAAUGUUCUUACCGCUCUCGAUAUGAUCAAGAAAGAUAGGAACAAGAUUGAGUUUAUCAGAGACGUCAAUGAAGUCUUUGGGAAUGAAAUUUCGAAGCAAGAGAAAGAAUCAGAAAUCAAUGCACAAUUAGAAGCUAUAUAUCAUAAAUAAGCAAGCUAUUCAGGAAAGAUUAAAACAGAAGAAACAAUAUUUGGAUGAAAUCACUGUGCAAGCUGCUUUAUUGAAGAAAUUAGUGAGAAGAAAUAUGAAGAAUGAAGAUAACGAGACAACCAUUAACACUCCUAUAAAAGUUAAGGAUGAUGCACUUACUUUAAAUAACUUCCAGAAGUCUAGGAAAAUUAAUCUCCCCAUGCUCGUAUUGGAAUUCAAGAAGAAUUCUGACAUAGAGAUUCUUAUGAAUGAGGAUCAUAAAGAAUUAGUAAUUGUAUCAGACUCCAACUGAAGACUUUACAAUGACAAUCAUGUACUUUUGAGUACUGGCUUAUUGAAUGAGUCUGAACAAGGCAAUAUAGAGAACCUUUAUGAGACUGAAGUUAAACCUCUUGAAUCAAGCCAUCACGAAGAAGAGAAGGACAAUGAUAUGAGACCUCCCUCUCCUACCGGAAAUGUAAAGAUAAAAGUUAGCAAUAUUGGCAAAUUGCAGAAUAAAGGAGGGAUUAUCAAUAUUUCAAGCCCUUUCAAAGAGAGUGAAUGAAAAGAUCCUAAUUUAGCCAGUCCUUUCUGUAAAAGCUUUUUAUCCCCACUUUGCAACAAGUAUGUGUAUCAAGAUAGCCCUCUUCUGAAGGAUACUUUGACCCCAUUUCGGGAAAAUACCCCUGCAGCAUAUACUCCUCUCUCUAAUAUGGGAGAUAAUAGAGAGGACCAUGGAUUUUCAUCGCCGUUCCUCCACAAGCAAGUAAGCUUUGGCUUGAAUGGAUAAAGGUUUGAUAAUGAAGUCUUAACGCAAAAUUUUUCUAUAUA